CUGAUGGUGGCAAAGAUGGCGCGAUCGUCGGCGCAUGCGCAGCAAACCAGUUGCGUAGUUGCGUUUCGUGUUUCCGCGGUCAGUCAUCAUCGGUCUCAUGGACGUGCGAUUACUCUUUUCGGAUAUGUGAGUGUUCUCGUGCGCAAGGCGAAGAGGAGGAGGUGAGAGAGAGAGAGAGAGAGAGAGAGAGAGAGAGCGAGAAAGGAAGAAAGAAAGAAAGAAAGAGAGUGAGUGAGUGAAAGAUCGUUCGAUGGUUGUUCGGCCGUUCGAAGUAACGCGAAAGGAAGGCUCCUCAUAUUUCUGCAUCUGUUCGUCGUAUCUAACUCGUAGCAGUCAAUAGCAGCAGCAACAGCAACGGCAGCAUCAGCAUCAUUAGCAGCAGUGGUAGCAGUAACAGCGACCUUCGUGCCAGCUGAAAAGAGAAAAAUUUGGCUAUGCGCGCUGUGAAGAUUGACUUGAAAUCAGGAUACGCAACGACGACGACGACGACGACGACGACGACGACGACGACGACGACGAAGAAGACGACGACGAUUCGUCCGUGAUAACGGCAGACAUUGUCGCGAUUUCGAUGCGCGAUGGAGUCCAUAAGAAAGUGGUUUUACAGGCCUAAGAGAGACGAUACCAGUUUAUUGGCUCAAUUCUUUUACGCCGAUGAAUCCCUAAACGCAAUUGCCUGUGAGCUGGAUUCUUUCGAUGGACGUCAGGAGCCAGAAAGAUGUACAACUUUGGUGAAUCAGCUGCGACAUUGCCAGGACAAAGUCCUGACGAUAUGUAAUCAGAUCAUGGAUGAUCUUAUACCAGACAGUAGAGCUAAUCGGGACUUUAGAGUAAAGUUUCCGGAUGACGUGAUGCAGGAAAAUUUAGCAGGACAACUGUGGUUCGGUGCUGAAUGUUUGGCUGCUGGAUCGUCGAUCAUGAACAGAGAGUCCGAAAGUUCUGCUAUGAGGCCGUUAGCAACGGCACUCACGAAAUCAUUGGAGAUUGUGAGAAAUUUGCUCAGAGAGCAUGCGUUGAAGGGCCACAUGAAUUUGAAGUAUCUUUCUCAGACUCAAAAUCCUUUGGAGCCAUCUUUAGAGAAGCUGAUAGAAUCGUUAAAGAUUUUCGAUCGGCUCUUCGCUGACUUUGAGCUUUGUUACGUUGGCGCCAUGGUACCGGUCAAAUCCACGAAGGAAUACGAGCAGCAGGAGCUCGUUUGCGUUUUAUUUUCCGAGACUUUGCAAAGAGCCCUCGAACGAGGUUUGCUGAGUCAAGCAGACGUGGAUAAUUACGAACCUGCUUUGAUGUUCACUAUACCACGUUUGGCCAUUGUAUCCGGCUUGUUGGCCCCACCUGGAGGUCCCUUGUGCCUGAAUUCUCCUGAUACUAUCAGCGAAAUGUUCAGGCCAUUCAGGACUCUUCUCUUGAAGAUAAGAGAACUACUUUGGACUCUGAACAAUCGUGAACUUUAUAUGCUGGAGAAGUUAUUGUGCUCGAACGAAGAACCCUCGGGUCCUAUCAGCCAGUCGACAAAAUCCACGUGUCAGGACUUACCCGAUCUCGAGGAAUUCGUUCACAAUUUUUAUACCGGUUAUCCUAAUUGUAAAGACUUCAUUGUAGAUUUCUAUACGGUAACGAGAAACACAGGGAAUAAUAUGGAUGAGGUGGCGAACGACGUGGUUCAAGCGUUGGACAAUGAAAAUAAAGAAAGAUCGGCGGAAAGGAGAUCGAAGAAGGAUCGUGAGAGGGAUCGUAGAGAGACGAGAUAUAACGAGGAAAAUGGGCCCAAGGACUUAAAUAACAUAUCCACGGAAGGAUAUGAUAACGUUGUAGUUCGUAACGAUAAUAAUGUGAAGGUACAGGAUAAUAGUGAGAGAGAAAGUGUUCGAGAAGAUGUGCGUUGUGACAUAGUACAAAGUAAUAGUUCGAAAGAGAAAAAGCAACAGGCGUGUAAUCGUGAUUCUUGUCCCGUAAAGCAGGUAUCGAGCGAGAACGGUAAUAAAGGAGAAAUUGAGAAUGUCAGGGAGGAAGGUAUAGUAGUAGUAGCAGCAGUCGAGGACGGUAUUUUUAGUACCGUGGAAAGUUCGGGCGAGAUCAAUAGGCAGGAGGAAAACUUCCUCACUCCUGACAUUUCUCAAAUGCUCGCUGACUCGGAAAACGUAGAGAUUCUUCAAAGUCAGUACCUACUCAAUCAGGUAUCUCACGAGAACAAUGUAACGGGUGAAACCGUGCAUAUUCAAAAUUCUCUGCCGGAUUUGGACUCGAAGAAACUCAUUUCCGAGGCAAACAAGACUCUCUCGAAUCUUUUGUUGGACGGUGAAUGUCAGAAUGAAAUCUCCGAGCAAACAGAUUCGGGAAUAUGCACGGUCAUAUCCUCGGAGAACACGAGCUUGUACGAUAAAAGUCCCGAGGAGAAGAAGACUUUUGCUAAUGAGAUUCAGGACGACGAGCGUGCUUUAGAAGAUGACACGCAGGAGAAUAACAGCUAUUCCUGUUCGAACGUAAACUCACCGAGGAGAAAGAAUUCGAACAUGUCUGAAAGUUCUUGCGUCUGCGGUAUAAGAGCUUCGAAAACUAUCACGUCUUUGGAUCAUCCAAUAGACGUGACACCUUUGACUUCGGGAAACAACGAUUCUAAUAAAAACAUUCCAAGGAUUUCCUCAAAUUUCGAUGGCACCAACGAGGAGUUCGUUGGUUUGGCUUAUGGUAACGGGCACCUGCCGCUCUGCGACUCCAAUCAGACCAGCUUUCAAUUGAAUUAUUCUGAAAAUUGGGAAAAUCUCAAUUUGAAUAUAGACGCGUCGACCUCGAGGAAGGAAUUUUGGAGCGAUCUAAAGUGCGAGAAUUGUCCGUCAACGUCGCAGAAUAUCGACAAAAUGGGAAAUAAGAUAGAGAGAUACGCGCAGGAGAAGGUCAUCGCUAGGAAGGUCCGAGAGGACAAUAAGCAAAGACGACGUAAUCAACGGAAGCACGACAAAGGCCUUCACAAAUGUCAACAGGUUACAAGAAGUAAUCAUUGCGUUCAGUCGACCCCGAGCACUGAAAGUUCAAGGUCAAACUCGAUAGACAGGUGUUUGAAUCCACGAUUGACCAAUUUUGGUGCGAGCUUGCAUCCGAGCCAAAACACAAGACAGAUGCCAAAUUUUGGUAGUCACAGUCCGCACGCGAGUCCAAGGCUACAACAUUUCGAGUCGCGUGACAGCUCGAGACAACGAAAUUAUAAUUUAUCGAAGUCGACGAGAAAUUGUUCGCCACAGAGUAGAAAGCUUUUGGAUCACAGAAGAUCUAGGUCCGAGCAGAUAGCUCGUAUGAAGCGAAAGGACUUUGAGAAACGUGACAGGUAUGAAAGACUGAGUUAUCGAUCCGAACAAACCAAGAGGAAACUUGGAAAUAGGAGUCCUAAUGACCUGUUGAACGAUGGUUUAGGGCCUAGAACGGACAAGAGCGGUCUGGUAACGGAAACAAUAUCUCCCGUUACGUCACCAAAUACAUGUUAUAGGCUCGAAAAUACAAGAGACAAUAAUUUACAAAGGCCUCCACGUACCGCGAGAUUGGUGAAUCCUUCAACGGUCACCGGGACGCAAUCUUUCAAUUCGGAGCAGACGCAGAAAACAGAGGCCGUUGGUUCGAGUUCCAGUUGUUCGAGUUAUUGCGACUCCAGUUCAGAAACUAGCGAAUUUCAAAGCGAUUGUCAGGACGACGAGGAGAUAGCCUUAGCGAUGCAAGCUGCGGAGAUUGCGAAUAGAAAUCAGAUUAGAGCGAAAUUUAGGUCCUCGGAAGAUCUUGUUCAUCGAUUGUUCGUCUGUAUAGCCGGUGUAGCCGAUCAACUCCAAACAAAUUUUGCUUCGGACCUUCGGAAUAUCCUGAAGUGCGUCUUUCUUAUGAAUAGUAGUCAAACUGUAGAGGACGAAGAGCCAAAGCAAGAAUGUUUGGUAUCCAGCCAAGCAGUCGUUACGAAUCACACGUUAGGCACGAGUAGCAAUCACGAUCGGCAGAACUCGUUGCAGGAGUACGAAGACGAAGAGGAUAAUGGUCCUGCAAACGAACAAACUUCCACGACAAUGGAACGCGGUGAGGAAUGCGUCGAAAGAGCACCUGCGUGGGUGCCGGACAACGAUGCACCUAGGUGCAUGGCUUGUCAAGCUGGAUUUACUGUUGUACGCCGUAGACAUCAUUGUAGAAACUGUGGUAAAGUGUUUUGCGGUCGUUGUAGCAGCAACAAUGUUCCUUUACCGCGUUACGGCCAUACCAAGCCUGUCAGAGUCUGCAAUAGAUGUUUCCUUUACCAGGUGACGCCGUUUACCGUUUCUCAAGUCACACCCACCAGUUGAAUAGAUAACAUCUUUAAUGAUUUUCGAAUUUAAUUACGGAUCGUAUAAUAAAUUUUACGCUUCUCUUAUAGGACACGACAAACGUAUUUCAAAACGACAAAUAUCGCUUCGUCUUUUGUUCUUUUUAUUUUCAAGUUUUCUGGGGAAAAGUUUACACACAUAUAUAUACACUUUUUUUUCUUUGUUUGUUUCUUUCUUCUUUCUUUUUCUUUCUUUUUUCUUUUUUUUUCUUUUUUUUUUCUUUUUUUUUUUUUUUACUUUCGAUGACGUGUUACUUGAACGUUCAUGUCAAGCGUGUCAAUGAGUCUGGUAAUUUCUGGUGUCCCCGAUCUUUAUCGACGGUUUUAAGAAUAACAUUCUAUUAAAAAGAUUUGCUUCUACGCAAAUGUCGAUCGAUUGAAGUCGAAGAACUGAUAGUUAUUACCAGAUAUGCUAUUAACGUAUAUAUGCUCAAAUCGUACAGUCGAUAAUGGCGCAAAUUCCAUUAAUACCUCUCAUUAAUAAUAGUAAGAAUAUAUAAUAAUAAUCGCCUUUAUAUCUUUCAAACGACCUGCCGUAAUAACUUCUAUGACCCAGAGCCGCAAAUAGAAGCGUUUCAGUGUAAUCUCAGUUGCACGUAAAAAUGAUAGUCUUAUAUUUGCGUAUAAUUUUGAUUAAAAAAUAAAAUAAAAAAAAAAAAAAAAAUAAAAAAAAAAUAAAAAUAAAGAAAAAAAAACAAGAAAAAAAGAAAAAAGGAGAGGGGCAAAAGAGAAAGGGGAAAUAGGAAAAGAAUUGUUAUUUUACUUCUUCUUUUCUUUUCUUUCUUUUUUUUUUCUUUUUUUUUUUCUUCCUUUUUGUACAGCAACAUAUAAUCGUUUACUUAUUUUUGUUUUUAUUUUUUUCGUAGAAUUUUAUUAUCACUUAUAAAGAUGUUUUUAUUUGUUAUAGAAUGUAGGAAAUGGGGGGGGGGGCUGAAACGCGUUUUAUACAAAUUUCUUAUAUUUUUCCUUAUAUAAAUCCAUCACAAUAUAUGUAAAAACAAUUUGUGCAUAUAUAUAUCAUAAUUGUGAAAAUCUGCGGUGUAUAGUGGAAAGCAAAACACAACGUGUUCCUGCAUUCUAUCGUCUGCUUAGUUUUAUUUUUCUUUUUUUUUCUUUUUUUUUCUUUUUUUCCCAAGAUAAUAUCUCUUUAAUUGCAAGAGGAAUCAUUUUGUUAUUGUUUUUAUGAAAAGCAUUGGAACUUAUGCAACCAGUAAUAUCUAAGCUAAGUAAUGUAUCUUCGAGUACGACCUUUGGCAAGUUCGAGGAUUGGAAGGAGAAUCGAUGGACGUUGAAAAAAAAUAUUACUCAACGAUAAACCUAUAACCGCGAGUUCAUUUUUCUAACGACUGUGAACUAACCAAGGAUUUUACUCGUGCGAUGAUCUUAUUUCGAUGGCAAAAAUGAUCGAUUAUUGACUGUAUGUGAAAUUUCAAAAUGUAACUCGAGCGCAUUGUUGUAUAGAGAACUUCUUUCUUUUUUCUUUUUAUUUUGUUUCGUUACGUAUAAAAAAAAGAAAAAAAAACAACAAAACGAUCUAUGAUAAAAAAAAACAUCGCGCGCGCGCGCGCAUACACGUACACAUAGAAACAGAUAUACACAUGGGUGUGGGUAGUGUGUAGAAACACGCUCUUUAAUAUCUCAUUUCAAUUAAGUCAAGAUCAAAUGGGACACAUGUUAAUAUGAACUUUUUUCAUUAUUUUGGUGCAUCCUGUCUCGUCCGCGUUAUAAAGUGCGUCCCAUGUGUUACGAAAUAUCCUAUAUAUUUUAUAGCUACUCGUUUAUUUUCUACUAGAGAGAGAGAGAGAGUGAGAGAAUGAGAGAGAGAAAAAAAAGAGAAAGAGAGCGUACGCGUGUACAUAUGGAAAAUAUUUCAAGAAUGGAGAGAGAGUUGCUCAUACGUAUACACACACGCACAUAUAUAUAUAUAUAUACAUAUAUGUUUAUCUAAUAUUAUAUAUAUGUGUGUAUAAUAUUAAAUAGGAAAGAAGAAAGGCAAGGAGGAUGAUGCGAAUUUUGAAUUCAAUGCUUAUGUACGAAUGGCACACGCGUAUUGAUCGUGCUACGGAAUUAGGUGGAAACGCUAUACGCAGGAAUAUAUAUUUGAAAGUUAUAUACAUACACAACUGCGGCAUAUCCUGCGGAAUUCGGCAAAAUGAGGGAGAGGGGGAAAAAAAGAAUUAAAAAUCAAAAUGAAAAAGAAAAAAUAAAAAAAGAAAAAAAGAAACAAAAAACAAGAAAUAAAAAAAAAACAAAUUAGAAGAAAUCCAAUUAGAAAAUGUGUAUCAUCGGCACAUCUUUGCGUCGUUUGUGUGCCAAACAUUUGCGAUGACAAUAAGUUUCGUUCUCCUUGCAUCGAUUUUCUAAUGAUUCAAUAUACAAAAAAAAAAAGAGACAAAUUUUUUUUCUUUGUUUUUCUUUUCUUUUUUUUUUGUUUUUUAAGCGACUUAUAAAAAAUAAUUUUUGGGAGAACUUCUUACGUGGAACGUAUGUCAUCAUUAUAUUUGCGAUCGUUCUAAUGUUAAUUGCAAUGAAUCCUAAUCAGGAUGUAUAACAGAUCGAUGCAAUUCGUUCGUGUGUAUGUGUUAACGUGGAUUAUUAAGACUGCUCGAAAUAUAAAAGUUCGCUUGCGUUAUGUAUGUGUGUAUAUAUAUAUAUAUAUAUACACGUAGGUUUAUAUAUUUAUAUGCAUACGUUUAAUUCGUUUAAUAAGGCACGAAGGUUCAUUGUAAUUGUUCAUGUAAAUACGAGAUAAUCCUGUCAUUUGUUAUUUUCUUUUUUAUUUUUUGUUGAUUCAAACGAAAGAGGAACGCAUACACAUACACACAGACAAAUUGAAAUUUUUAAUGUUUCAACAAAAAAAAAAAAAAAAAAAAAAAAAAGAAAGAAAGAAAAAAUUAAAAAGAAAAUAUUUAUUUGUAAGAUUUUUCUCGUGCGUUUGUACAUGCGUACGAUUUGUAAAACGUUGUAAUCACAGUGUUACGUGUCCAAUCUUAUCAAAAAUCUCCUUAUCGACAGAAUUUAGAAGGAGAACCUCUCUUCGUCGGUUUUUUUUGUCUUUUUUCUUUUUUUUUUUUAUCGUAAGAUUUUCCGCUUUUUUUUUUAUUAGAAUAUACAAUUUUUUUUUUUUUUACGAUUUAGAACGCGUAUUUCAUCAUUAUUAGUAUUAUUAC